CCCACUCGGUUUAAUUGUAGCUAAUUGAUCUUGGGUAUGUUUGCCAGAUUUAUGUUUAGCUUUUGUAUAAAAGUGUAGUAGCCUAUUUGGUCUUUAAAUAAGUUAAAUUUCUCUUGGUAGUAAAAUAAUGGAUGAUACACUAUUUGGAUCAGUGAUGAUGGUGUCAAUACAAGUUUAUUUUUCCAUUUAAGGAAUGAGGUUUGUAAAAGCUGAGGAAUGUAAUAACUUGUUCAUGUCAUUGUAUCUCUGUUGCUGUGACAUGGAGCAGACAACGGGUAGCAAAGCAGUCCUUAAUGUUUUCUGUGGCCACAGUAUGGCCACUAUGACUCUGGUGCAGGUAUGUAAUGGGUUAGAAAAGAUUCAUCUUAUUAGCUUGUAUAACACUUCCCCUGUUCUUUUUAUUCUCAGGGCAUCUUUCAAAUUUCGUGCCUGCGGAGUAGUAUUGCCAAGUCUGGAUUCCAUGUCUUUCCUUGUAAGUAAGCCAGAACGAAUUAGGAGGUGGAUGUCCGAGAAGUUCAUCUUUGAGGGCUUGCGAGAACUGGAACUCUUUGGAGAGCAGCCUCUGGGUGACUCUCGGAGAAAAACCAAUGAAGCAAGCUCAGAAUCAAUAGCAUCUUCCCCCAAAAGGGACACCAUGAGUGGUUAUUUGCCUGACAUUAAUUGUUAUGAGCUACUGACCAUAAUAGGAAAGGGCUUUGAGGAGCUAAUGACUGUGAACCUGGCACGGUAUAAACCAACAGGAGAGUUUGUCACUGUCCGGAGGAUCAACCUAGAGGCUUGCACCAAUGAGAUGGUGGCGUUUUUGCAGGGGGAGCUCCAUGUAUCAAAGUUCUUCAGUCACCCUAAUCUUGUGCCAUAUAAAGCAGCCUUCAUAGCUGACAAUGAACUGUGGGUUAUUACAUCUUUCAUGGCCUAUGGUUCUGCUAAAGAUUUAAUUUGUACACAUUUUAUGGAUGGAAUGAGUGAAUUAGCUAUGGCUUAUAUUCUCCAAGGUGUAUUAAAGGCCCUUGAUUACAUUCACCAUAUGGGAUAUGUUCACAGGAGUGUGAAGGCCAGUCAUGUCCUGAUUUCUGCAGAUGGGAAGGUGUACCUUUCUGGGUUGCGCAGUAAUUUGAGCAUGAUCAGUCAUGGCCAGCGUCUCAAAGUAGUUCAUGAUUUCCCCAAGUACAGUAUCAAGGUACUACCAUGGCUGAGUCCAGAGGUCUUGCAACAGAAUCUCCAAGGCUAUGAUGCAAAGAGUGACAUAUACAGUGUAGGAAUAACAGCUUGUGAACUGGCAAAUGGUCAUGUCCCAUUCAAGGAUAUGCCUGCAACACAGAUGCUCCUGGAAAAGCUCAAUGGUACUGUCCCUUGUCUCUUGGACACAACCACAAUUCCUCCAGAGGAGUUGACCAUGAAACCCUCACACUCGGGGGCUAGUACUGGGCUUGGGGAAGGCAUGGCAGCCAGCAGUGGCAGGGCCUCUAAUGGUGAGGCAGCACUACAUCCAUACCAUCGUACAUUUUCACCUGCCUUCCAUCACUUUGUGGAGCAGUGCCUGCAGAGGAACCCAGACUUGAGGCCAAGCGCAAGUGCAUUGCUGAACCAUCCUUUUUUCAAACAGAUCAAACGUCGGGCGUCUGAAGCACUUCCUGAACUGCUAUAUCCAGUUACACCAAUCACCAGCUUUGAAGGAAUUCAGGCCCAAGAUCCUAGUCAUAUUUUUGGACUGGUUUCCAGUCUGGAGCAGCUUGAGGUGGAUGAUUGGGAGUUCUGAACCUCCAACAAAAGACACCACAGAGAGUGUAGAACUCCUUGUGGCAAGAUUUUCUACAGAGAUGGUUAAUUUAUUUCUCAUAAAACUGUGAUGAAUGUUACAUGGCAGUUUACAUCUCCCUUAGGAAGGUGCUUUAAAUGAUAUUUACAUAGAAACAAGGGCAGAGAGCUGACUGUGGGAAGGGAAGCAUAUGGUAAAGAUGGUGCUAGAGACCUCCAGUUCAGGUUAAGGUAUGGCUGCUUUUACAACAAAUCUCAGUUCAAUCUGUUUGGUGUAGUUUCUGUUGAAGAGUUGAAGGGAGAGGUAGGAUUCUGCUUCGAUGUUCAUGUGCUACUCACAAAGCAUUCUUGUUCAUUCUGACACCUAUGGAAAAUUAGUAGCUUUGCAAAACAAAGAACAAGUAGACUUUUAACAGGUAUAUCCCAUGUUGAACCUGGUCUUGCAUUCUCUUUUCCUCUGGCUAAGCAAAAAUAGGAAUGGAAGAUUAAUCCUAUGGUGCUAAAAGCUUCUGUCGUUAAGUCAGAGGGACAGAGAUCAGUAUUUUCUAGCCAAGACAGCAUUUCGCUGAAGUAAUAUUACUGCUCCACUCAUGGGUCUAUGUAAGGCUGAGUGCUAUGCACUCUUUUCAUUUAUCUUUUUAAAUUAAAUUUCACCUAUUACUUCCAGCAGAGGAUGCGUUUGAUGUUACUUAGCAGUAGCAGACACCUUGUAUCAUCCCUACCUUUUUGCAUGUUCACUGUAUUUUCUUAUCAUAAAAUGCUUUUGUCAGUCUUUAGUUUCUGUCUAGCACAGGUGCUGGCUAUUUUCUUAACUAUUUUUACUUAAGUAAGCACUGAGCCAACCUCUUUCUGUGUUUGGCUAGCUGAAAAGCAGUUGCAAGGCUUGGGUACUUGCCUCAGGCUGCACUUGAACACAAACCACAUUUGUUUUAGUUUUGUUGCCAAUAAAAUAUUUGAUGACGGAA